AAUGUAUUUCUGAACGGUAUCUAUAUUCUAUGUUCGAUAAAGUACUUGUUUCGUAACAGGUCCACUCCGCUGAAAUAUAGAAUUUAAGUUGUACUGUUGUUACCUAAACAUGUAUCAUCAGCUGAAUAAAAUCACCGGCAGGCUCGUAGCUGCCACCAACCUCCAGGCGCCGCUUUUCCCAGUGGCUCCCAUUGCUUUGCAACGAGUGGACCCACCAGCCAUCCAGUACAACACUGCACAGAUGUCAACCGUCUCCGAGUCUUGCUCAACUGCUCCAAGACGGCUGAUCCCUGGUACCAACGAACCCUACUCUCCUCUCUCUCCCAAAAUUCUUGAACGUCAACAACGCUUCCAGAAAGAGGAUGACACUCCAGUCUUCUUAAAAGGAGGUCCAUUUGAUGGAAUCUUGUACCGUUUCACUCUGCUCCUGUGUGUAGUGGGCAUUGUUGGAGUGGGACACACAGUGUACAUCCACGCUGUACCACAGAAUAAGUAAAUUAUUCAAAUGCACUUGCAUUGUGAUAAAAGUAGUUAAUUCUGUAUAAUUUAUGUAAUGAGGAUCAGUAAAAAUAUGCAAAGAAACCGAA